CUCAUGCCUGGCUGAUGCACCCAGGGCCCAGUGCUGCUGGGUCAGCUGCUGGGUCAGCUGACAAAUCUCAGCGUUUGAGCUGUGCCUUGUGAAACAGAAAGAGCUGUUUGUGUCGUUGGCAAGUGGUAAAGCAAAUAAAGCAACUUAAGUGGCAGCAUACAUUGAGUGAGCUCGCAGUUUCUUCUGGACUCAAAUCUGCAAAAGCAAACAUCAUAGUCAGGAAAUUAUGAAGAUGCAGUCUUUCUCAACUCGGUGCAACUGCUGUACUAUUCAGCCUUUUAUCACAAGGCGAGUUGUUUAAGUAGGUGUUUUAUAUUUAACAAAAUGAGGCCCUUCUCCCAGCGUCUGCGAGUAUGUCAAAUGCAGCUGUAUUGAAGUGUGCAGGAAGAACUAAGGCAUGGGGAAAUGAGACUUUGAUCCUGCAAAUCUUUAAUGACAUGAUUUGUUCUGCGAGCGCAAGUCCCAAGUUGUAUUGAAAGGGUCAUAAUAAUGUGUGUGAAGUCUUACAGAUGGGAGCUAAACAGCUUACCAGGAUUCUACCAGGAGUGCUUACCAGGAGGCCUGUAGCAAAGCUGGGGGUAGAAUCCCCUUCCCCACCCGGAAACGGUUUUCCCCUUUGUUCUUUGGUGAUCGCAUCUAAUUUAGAUAUUUUUACAGGAGCUGCUUCCAUAAAGUUUUCAGGGCAUUUGUCAAAGAAUUAAAGAGAAGACCUGACUUGGUCCUCUGGCAGACUACAAGGCUGGCACUACGGAGGGGCAACCGAUUUUAGCACUGAGAACACUGCGCUUAAGCAACGCUAACACAGUUAAAGAGCAGAGUUAAUGUCACGUUUCCAGAAGGCAGAACAAACAAGUUGUUACUGUUAAGCCUGAGGAGAAGAUCUAAAUUCAAAGUCCAAAUCAAAACUUGCCAGCUGCUAAGAGGAGACAAAGAUUUAUUGUUGCAUAGUCUAAAUUGGAGAUUUAUCACGGGGCUUUGAGAGGCUAAAGAACAUAGAUCUGUGUAACGCCUCAGAAGGAGGGACAGUUAAGGUAAACAGUCACAGAUGCAAGGGUGUUUUGCCUGCACACACACGCACACGCGUACAAAUAUGUAUAUAUGAAUGUACACAUGGGAGUAUAUGAGAAGUACUUCAGGAUUGGUUAAGGUGAGUAUGUUUUUGAACACGUUAACCCCCAAGUUCUAUGUUGCCCUGACGGGCACUUCCUCAUUAAUCUCGGGACUUAUUUUGAUCUUCGAGUGGUGGUACUUCCGCAAGUACGGGACGUCCUUCAUCGAGCAGGUCUCGGUGAGCCACUUGCGCCCUCUGCUGGGUGGGGUGGACAACAGCGCGCCCAGCGCGGCCAACGCCGCCAACGGCGAGGCGGACUCCAGCAGGCAGAGCGUGUCAGAAUGCAAAGUCUGGCGAAAUCCCUUAAAUCUGUUCAGAGGAGCUGAAUAUAAUCGGUAUACAUGGGUAACAGGAAGAGAACCUUUGACUUACUACGAUAUGAAUCUUUCAGCACAGGACCAUCAGACAUUCUUUACAUGUGACACGGAUCAUUUACGACCUGCUGAUGCUAUAAUGCAAAAAGCCUGGAGAGAGAGAAACCCCCAAGCCCGAAUUUCUGCAGCACAUGAAGCUUUGGAAUUGAAUGAAUGUGCCACUGCCUAUAUUCUUUUGGCUGAAGAGGAAGCAACAACUAUUGUGGAAGCAGAGAAGCUGUUCAAGCAAGCUCUGAAGGCUGGAGAGGGCUGUUACAGGCGCAGUCAGCAAUUGCAGCAUCACGGUGCCCAGUACGAAGCCCAACACAGAAGGGACACUAAUGUGUUAGUUUAUAUUAAGAGAAGGCUGGCAAUGUGUGCAAGAAAGCUGGGAAGGACCAGAGAAGCAGUGAAAAUGAUGAGAGAUUUGAUGAAGGAAUUUCCUCUUCUCAGCAUGUUCAAUAUCCAUGAAAACCUGCUAGAAGCUUUGUUAGAACUGCAAGCAUAUGCGGAUGUCCAGGCAGUCUUAGCGAAGUAUGAUGAUAUAAGCUUACCAAAAUCAGCAACAAUAUGUUACACAGCUGCAUUGCUCAAAGCCAGAGCUGUCUCUGACAAAUUUUCUCCAGAGGCUGCCUCAAGGCGAGGGCUGAGUACUGCAGAGAUGAAUGCAGUAGAAGCUAUUCACAGAGCAGUAGAAUUUAAUCCACAUGUGCCAAAAUACCUCCUAGAAAUGAAAAGCUUAAUUCUGCCCCCCGAACAUAUUCUGAAGAGAGGGGACAGUGAAGCAAUAGCAUAUGCUUUCUUUCAUCUUCAACACUGGAAAAGGGUAGAGGGAGCAUUGAAUCUCUUACACUGUACAUGGGAAGGCACUUUCAGAAUGAUCCCCUAUCCACUGGAAAAAGGACAUCUUUUCUACCCUUACCCUAUUUGUACAGAAACUGCAGAUAGAGAACUACUACCGUCAUUUCAUGAAGUUUCAGUUUACCCCAAGAAAGAGCUUCCCUUCUUCAUCCUCUUCACUGCUGGCCUAUGUUCUUUCACAGCCAUGCUGGCUCUCCUGACACAUCAGUUCCCAGAGCUUAUGGGGGUCUUCGCAAAAGCAUUUCUCAGCACCCUCUUUGCCCCUUUGAAUUUUGUGAUGGAGAAAGUAGAAAGCAUCCUGCCCUCCAGCCUGUGGCACCAGCUGACGAGGAUCUGAGGGAGCACCCGCUGACUGACUGCCACGACAUCUGCUGUGCCAACAUUUGGUUGACCACAAGAAAGCAUGAUAAAAAAGGGAAGCAGUUCUAAGACUGAAAAAAUCUUCAUGGAUUGUCUGUUCUCAUAUAAAAACUGUUUCGUUGUACAAAAUUCAUUGAUGUUAGGUUCUAUUAUAUUUUGCCUUCAGAAAAGACAAAAAUAAACUUUUGUGUAUUGCA